AUGUUUACUGUGCAGCACACCGUCGGUACUGCACGCUUCGGUAGAAGCGGCAAGCUUUCCGGUGCCAAGACUCGUGACCAGGCACCUCUAGAAUCGUGUCUCAGUGCUGCUGGACGAACUUGCGCUCAUCACAGAGGAGCUGCUCGUUGGGUUGGGGCAUACAGGCUGAAGGCUGAAGCCUCCAGUGUCGGACAGGCUGGCACAUCUGUUGAAGCUCCUGGACACCGCCGAAAUCGUCCUGCGAUCGCUGCCUUGGACAAGGACUCGUUCCCGAUCCUGGAGAGAACCACCACGGAAGGUAAGCAACUCGUCUAUCUGGACUCUGCUGCGACGUCGCAGAAGCCUUUGCAAGUCAUCGAAGCGCUCUCGCACUUCUAUCGGUACGAAAACGCGAACGUCCACCGCGGGGCGCACAGGCUCUCACAGCAGGCAACGGAGGCUUUCGAGAGCGCGAGAGCAAAAGUCGCUCGAUUCUUGAACGCGAAAAAGGAUACUGAAAUUGUUUUCACCCGGAAUGCGACUGAAGCGAUUAACACUGUAGCGUACGCAUGGGGUUUGCUGGGCGGGAACCUCACUCCUGGCGACGAAAUCAUUGUCUCGGUGGCCGAGCACCAUGCCAACCUGGUGCCGUGGCAGCUUGUAGCGCAGCGCACCGGAGCUCGACUACGGCACAUACCGCUGUUGCCACAGGUACAAGCCUUGGACAUGGAUACAUUCGAGAAAAUGUUGUCGGAGAGAACAAAGCUGGUGGCAAUCGCCUAUGUUGGCAACGUUCUCGGGUACGUGCAGGACGUCAGACGAAUAACGGAGCUAGCUCAUCAAGCAGGAGCUUCCGUGCUCGUCGAUGCAUGCCAGGCGGUUCCUCAUAUGCCAGUAGACGUCCAGGAUAUCGGAUGCGAGUGGCUCGUGGCCAGUGGUCACAAAAUGUGCGGCCCGACGGGGAUCGGUAUCCUGUAUGGGAAAGAGCACGUGCUUCGCAGAGAAAUGGCACCCUUUCUCGGUGGCGGUGAGAUGAUCGCGGAAGUGUUUCUUGACCACAGUACGUUUGCAGAUUUGCCGCAUAAGUUCGAGGCGGGAACUCCUUCGAUUGGCGAUGCAGUCGCACUAGGCGCAGCCAUAGACUACCUGGAGGAUGGCCUUGGCGGCAUGAAACGCAUUCACCAGUUCGAGCUCCAGCUUGCCCGAUAUCUCUACGAAUCCCUGGAACAGUUCCAAGAGAUAUCGAUCUAUGGGCCGCCCCUGGACAACGAUCUCGGUCUCGAGAGAGCGGCCCUCUGUGCAUUCAAUGUGCGUGGUGUGCAUCCAAGUGAUUUGGCUACCAUCAUCGACCUAGAUGGGAUCGCGAUUCGUGCAGGACACCAUUGCGCGCAGCCGCUCCACCGGGACGCUCUUGGCGUCGGAGGGAGUGCCCGAGCUUCUGUCUACGUCUAUAAUUCCUCGGCAGACAUUGAUCGCUUUAUAGAUGCUCUGGUUGAUGCGGUUUCCGUGCUCGGCGAGAAAUUGACGCUUCGUCCAGCCUGA